ACUUGGAUCAGGCAUGUGAAUGUUUCGGGAAAAGUACAAGUAUUGUAAACGCGAUGUGGAGCCGGGUUGAUAAUGGAAGCUUUCCAUCCUAGAAUCGAUACAUUUUCGAUAGUUUCCUUGAGAGGAGAGGUUCUAGUUAACAAAAUUUAUAGGAGAGAUGGACCCGGAAAAGAGUCGGCUGCUAAUUUUUUACAGUAUGUUAAAAACAACAAGGAAAUUGUUCCAGUAUUAGAGCUUGAAGGUGUACUGUAUGUUCAUAUUAAAUGUAGCAGUUUGUUUUUUGUUCUCACAACAAAGGCUGAUGCAUCUCCAUUUUUCCUCCUUGAGCUUCUUAACAGGAUCAAAGCGUUGUGCAAAGACUUUUGUGGUGUGGUCAGUGAAGAGGCUAUUCAUCUCAACUUCACCAUCAUCCAUGAACUUCUGGAUGAAAUUAUUGAUGGCGGUGUCCCUCAGUUGAUGUCUACACAGGCACUGAAGCCUUACAUUCAAGGCGACGCCGUAGCUGUCCGGCAGGAGAGGCCAAAUCUCGCAGUUUUAGGAAUCGGUGCUUCUUUGUUUGGAGGUGAACGCUCUUCCGCCCUUGUGCCUUCAGUUGAGAAGUCAAUUGUUGGAACCAAAGCAGAUAUGUAUUCACAUGGGGCACGUAAUGAGAUUUACGUAGACGUGAUAGAACGGCUCUCGAUUCUUAUUUCUUCAAAUGGCUCAGUGAUGUGUAAUGACAUCAUCGGUUCCCUACAGGUGAAGAGUUACCUAACAGGUAAUCCAGAGAUGAAGCUUGGUUUGCCAGGAGAUCUAGUGAUUGGUAAGACAAGUCACGUCGGGUACGGCUGUGGAGUACGCCUCGAUGCUAUUCAGUUCCAUCCUAGUGUCGUUUUAGAGGAAUUCGAGACACAGAGGGCACUUAAACUACACCUGUCAGAGGGCGAGAUGACAGUGAUGAAAUACCAGCUUUCUGGUGAGAUCAGCUCUGCCUUACCAUUCCUACUAUAUAAUAAUAUAGAGGAAAACUAUGAAAAGAGUGUUUUAUCGAUUGAGUUGAUAUUAAAAUGUGACUUGAAGCCUGCAGUUUAUGCGUCAAAUGUCAAAGUUCGCUUACCAGUACCAAACAACACCACAAAUGUUAGUCCGAGUAUUAAGUGUGAUAGUGGACAGUCUACUGAGUACAAAUCAGAGGAGAAAGCCGUGCUCUGGAAAACACUAAAGGUGUAUGGUGGAACCACAUUAAAUGCAAAGUUCAGGAUGCAUGUAUCAAAUCUAAGCAAAGUGACGCAUCUUGAAUUGAGUCAAAUUAGUGUUGAGUUUGAGGUGGCAGACUGCCUGCUCUCCAAUCUACACAUCUCAUUCCUUAAACUUUUUGACCCUCAUCAUCAUGCAUUUGUUCCGCAUCGCUGGAUACGCAAUGUCACAGUCACUGACUCUUAUGUGUUUCGGUUGAGGUGACAAUCUGUCAAUGGUCUUGAUCUUCAUCAU